AAGCUUCAUUCUUUCCAAGUGCGCAACAGAGCUCAAUUGAUGGAAUUACUAAAUUGGAUUGGAAAGUAAACUUUAACUCUGGAUUAACUUGUAUAUGGAAUAUCAACUUUAACAUCAUAGAACGCCGAAUUACUCCACAUAUUUUACCAUUUAAGAAAAAAAAAUCUACUCAGGCUUAGUUUUAGGCUUCUUAACGGUUUCAAAGUCGGGUUUUUACGCACAGCGUGUACCAUGGCGAACUCCUGUCUCCAACUGAGCGGCUUUCUCCUCAGCUGCCUCGGAUGGCUGGGCAUCGUGAUCGCGACAGCCACCAAUGACUGGGUGACUAUGUGCAAAUACGGUUUGAACACCUGUAAGAAGAUGGAUGAGCUGGGAGCAAAGGGACCCUGGGCGGAAUGUGUCAUCUCCACAGGACUCUACCACUGCGUCUCCCUCACUCAGAUCCUGGACCUGCCAGCUUACAUCCAGACGACUCGCGCCCUGAUGAUCACAGGUUCAAUCCUGGGUCUCCCAGCGGUGGGGAUACUCCUCAUGUCCAUGCCCUGCAUCAGUCUUGGCAAUGAACCCCAGAGCUCCAAGAACAAACGCACCAUCCUGGGAGGAGUGCUUAUACUCAUAGUCGCGGCCUGUGGUAUGGUGUCUACCGUCUGGUUUCCCAUCGGGGCCCAUCAAGAGGACGGCCUCAUGUCGUUCGGCUUCUCCCUCUACACCGGAUGGGUGGGCACUAUUUUUUCCCUGCUGGGUGGGUCCAUCGCCACCUGCUCGUCGGAUUCCUCCUCCUCCCGCUCCUACCAGGAAAACAAUCACUUUUACUACUCGAAACAGGGAGGCGGCAACCUGCCAGCCGCCUCCUCAACCAAUCACGCCAAGAGCGCCCACGUGUGAGGUUUUAGACGAAUCCCACGUGGAUGCGUAGGGGACUGCGGUUUGUAUAUAGAGACCUGUGCACGAGAGCAAACAAACACAUGUAUUCACCAUCGGCAUCAGUAACAUUUACAUUCAAGUCUAUACUGGCAGAGAAAGAGACACACUCAUGUUGCUUUAAGUGAAGGAAAAUAAUUCUUGAACGAGCACACAAACAUUCAUCAAACUCCACAUAUAAAAGACUGUUUUGGUAAGCCUUUUUUUCCCCCACCAGUGGAUUGUUUUUUGUGUCGCAGGGCCCAUCUUCCAGCCUCCUCAUGCUGGGUGUGGUGUGGACUCUCCCCACUGUUACAUAACUGCACAACCUCCUGAGUAACCGUCUGCACAGCAGCCUUUUAUACUGAGAUAUUAUAUUCGAUAUUACUUCUAUUUUUAUAUAAUGUACCUGAAAAUUAAAUCUUGAGUGCCUUUGUUGAUAAAUGUUUUUUUUUUUUUAAAGCCAAGUAACAUCAUGAUCUAUUGUUUUUAUUAAAGCAGGGUAUGGCAGUAUUAUACUUGGAAUUGAAAAUGUCUUCAUUAGCAUUGUGUGCAUUGAUCUUUCUUUGACAGUAUUGUACAACUCUCUCGCACAUUUGCCUUCUGAGUGAUAGACUUAAUUAAAAUAACAUAGUACUGUGCUUUUUCCCGAGCCCCACAGGAUGAUGGUAGCGUGAUGGGAACAUAAAUUUCAGCUGCAGUGUUUUUGCCAGCAGUGUUACAGGCUGGAUUAGAGUCUCAGUAUUUGCACUGAAAUCAUUUCCUGAAGAGUACAACGUUCAACUCUGUCAUCUGACGGGGAUGUUUCACAGGCUAAAGUUAUCUUACAUGUUUUUAUUUGACUAACUUGCAUCUAUUUUAGGUUUGAAAUAAUAACUACCAAAAAAAAAGCAGCAUGUGACCUUUCCAUUAAACAUCUUAGCUCUAAAAAAAUGUCUUGCUUCAAGUAUAUUUCAUUAGUGUGCACAAGAAACGCUGUGUAGAUCGGCUUCUCCUGAAGGAAGAUAUGGAACGUGAUAUUCCCAAGCUGAAGGAACCUGAUAUUUCUGUACAGAAGCGGUGUCAGCUGUGGCUAUUUAUUGUUUCACUGAUUUGCUGUUUGUGUAAAUUUCAACAAUAAAGACAAAACAAUCAAAUCUG